AGGUCUUGAUCCCAGUGGUUAUCGAAAGAUGCAGCACCAUCAGGAUGAUGAUGAUGUCUUACUUGGAGGAAAAUCACAGCUAGAUGAAGAUCGUUUUAAGGACUGUGAGAAAUUGUAUUUUACCUGUCCAAAUGAACAAUGCAGAGAAAAACUGCUUGUAGAAAGCUGUUUCAAGAACAAAGCUCCUGAUGGCAAUAGUAUGCUGCUACAAUGUUCAUCUUGUCAGACAUCAGUGUUAAACUAUUGUGGUUAUCUCUCUAAUCAGUUGACUAGAGUCAUUCGCAGUUACAUUCACAAGUACUAUCAGGGUUGGUUACAAUGUGAAGAUGUUGGUUGCGGGCACAGAACAAGAAAACUUCCACUCAAAUUUACAAGAGGAGGACCACUUUGUCCAGUUUGUGAAAGAGCAACCAUUCAUCCAGAGUACACAGAUACCCAAUUGUAUCAGCAACUCAGCUAUUUCCAGAAUGUAUUUGAUUUGAGAAAAGGAACAUCAGAGAAAAUCUUUCCUCGUUUUCCUCCUGAGGGCGAAUCCCUAUAUCGAAGACUGAAAGCAACAGUAGAUAAAACUCUGAAGUCUAAUGCUUAUGGAGUGGUUAACUUGGAGCGACUUUUCGACGGACUUUAUAAGUGUAAACCAACGGUCUGGAGUUAACACAUAAACCUUCACGGGUUUUCUUAGGUAAAGGAG